GAUAAUUACAGAAAGGCGGGAAAAAAGAAGAGAGAGAAAGUGCUACCAAGAACAACAAUGGCGAACUCCAAAACACCGAUAAUCCAAAUCCCAGAAGACGAAGAAGACGUGGAAUUCCUAUGUCAACUCGAUGCAGCAGAAGCUCAAGCCCUCUCUUUCUCCUCCUCCACCAAACGUCGGCGCAUCGCCAUUGAUACAACACCAAAAUCGGACAAACAGAAACCAUUAUUCGCCGAAGAAGUUGAAGAAGAAGGAGCUUACACUGCUGCUCUCAAAGGAAGCAAGAGUCUCACAUGGCAGAAACACCAGCAGAUUAGCCGAGCCACUCAGUCGACUGUUACAUCCUCCGUAGGCGGCGGUGGAGGCGGCGGAGGUGGCGGUGCUUGUUUUAAGUGUGGAAAUGAAGGUCACUGGGCUAGGGAUUGUCCUCAAACGACGUCGUUUGGGGUGAAUUUUGGGUUUGUUGCGACGCCGUCGAUGGCGGUGGUGGGGGUUGAGAAGGCGUGUCCUUGUGGAUUGGGGAGUUGUUUGGUUCUUACUGCUAAUACGGAGCGUAAUCGCGGUCGGAAGUUCUUUCGUUGCCCUAAUCGUCAGGAGAAUGGUGGCUGUGGGUUUUUUGAGUGGUGUGAUGAAUCAUCUGAAAAAAUUACUUCUCCUGAAGAUAAGGCUUGGAAGAAUGGAGGGCAGCAGCAAUUCUACCAGCGCCCUACUAACCAGCCUAACCAGGCAGCUUCUGGGUUUACAAGAUCAUGGAACGACUUUGAUAAAGGAACUACUGCACCAAACGCCAGCUAUGGUCAGAAGUUUGAAGCCACUGACAACAAAAGCUAUGGCAUGAAAAGUGGUUCGUCCUGCUUUAAAUGUGGCCAGGAAGGGCACUGGGCAAAAGAUUGCCCUACUACUACAUCCAACGUAGCUGCUGGUGCGAUAGGAAACCAGAAGUUCGAAGCCACUGACAACAGAAGCUAUGGCAUGAAAAGUGGUUCAUCCUGCUUCAAAUGCAGCCAGGAAGGGCACUGGGCAAAAGAUUGCCCUACAACUACAUCAAAUGUAGCUGCUGGUGUGAUAGGAAACCAAUCAUCUGGUACUUGUUACAAGUGUGGCCAGGCUGGACAUUGGGCAAGGGAUUGCUCCCAGUCCCAGGGCCAGUCUACUAAGCUCCGCAGUUGGUGAAAUCUUGUCAUGUUUCAACCUUUUUUUUGUUCUCCCUUCCCAACAUCUGUUUCUGAUAGUUCGACUGUGUAUAGGGCUUGUUAUGGUGUUUGUUGCCAUUUGCCAAUGCUGAUAUACAUGCGACUAUAUUACUACUGGAGUUGAUGUGUUGUAAACUCUUAUCCGUGGAUUGUGAUGCCUACCUUUGGCUGUUUAUAAUUCUAACAGUAGUAAUGAAAUUUGAUACUCGU